AUGGCGCUCCGAGCUCUCCUGUUGACCCCGGCCCUGGCAGCCGGCAGCUGCUUGGAGAUGGGCACCAUCUCCAAGGAUCCUUUGGUGCCGUUGCCGUCCGCGUACUUUAAGACGUGGAGCGAAUGCCAGAGGGCCUGCGAGACCAACCCCACCUGCCAGUGGUUCUCCUUCAAAGAGGACAGCGCCCCGACGCCGGGCGCCUGCUAUUACUUCACCAAGACGGACGUGGCCACGGAGCCGGACGCCAAGGCCUUCUCCGGUCCCAAGGGCUGCCAGGACACCACCGUGCUGACCGAUGCCGCGACCGCUGCGGCUGGCAUGGCCUCCAACCUGCAGGAGGGCGCCGCCGGCACUGCGGCCGACAUGCAGAACACCGUGAAUGGCCAGUUGAACAGCAUCCAGGAGGGUGCCAACGGCGCUGCGGCUACCGUGGCGGAUGGCUUGAACGGGCUCCAGGAGGGGGCCAGUGGCACUGCGGCCAGCAUGGCGGAUACCGUGAACGGCCACUUGAACAGCCUCCAGGAGGGUGCGAGCGGUGCUGCGUCCAGCAUGGCAGAUACCGUGAAUGGCCACGUGAACAGCCUCAAGGACGGCGUGGCUGGGGCGGCUGCCAGUUUCAAGGAAGGCGCCGCCCACGCCUUCGACGUCACAGGCACCAACCAGGACCACCCGGUAGCGGAGCACAUGGGCAUGGCAGCGAAUGGGCUGAUCCCUGCUGGCGUUUUCACGUCUGAGGACGGCGGCAAGGGCAAGGCAUUGGCUGCCGGCAGCAGUGCCGAUGAUCACACGGCGCUCUAUGCCAUUUUGGGCGGCGGCGUGGGCGCAGCGCUCAUCGGCGCGGGUGCCUUUGCUAUGACCGGUGGCAAGGGGACCAGCCCGGAGAAGCGCAAGGUGAAGCGUGGCUUGUCCAACGCCGCGGCAGGCUCGAGCCAGGCGAGGCAGGUCGACGUUGAGGCGGCAGCUGCCAGCUUGCAGCGCGCCGCCCCAGCGAUGGCUCCCAUGGCUCCUCAGGUGGCGGCCCCGGCCAUGGCUGCGCCGUGCCAGUACCCCACGGAGCCCACGGCCUACGCGCCCAUGGCCUACCAGGCUGAAGGCUAUCAGAUGUACCAGCCGCAGGCCUACCAGGCCUACCAGCCACAAGGCUAUCAGAUGGCCUACCAGCCGGCAGCGUAUCAGCAGCCCAUGACCUACCAGGCUGCGCCUGCUUAUCAGCCCGUGACCUACCAGCAGAAGAAAGCCGAGGGCGCGAAGCGAAGCCUCUUGAGUGUAGUCAAGGAAGCCUCUGCGCCGCAGAUCAGAUCUCAGAUCGAAGUGACGCCUUCAAGCCUUUCGAAAGCCAUGGCGCUGCGAGUGCUUCUGUUGACCCCGGCCCUGGCUGCAAGCAGCUGCUUGGAGGUGGGCAUGCUCUCCAAGGACCCUUCAGCGCCACUGCCUGCGCUGUACUUCAAGACCGUGAACGAGUGCGCGAAGAGCUGCGAGAGCAACCUCCUUUGCCAGUGGUAUUCCUUCAAGGCAGACAGCUACCCCACGAAUGGCGCCUGCUACAUCUUCAACAAGCCAGAUGUGGCCAAAGAGGCCGACCCCAAAGCCAUCUCUGGGGCCAAGGGAUGCAAGCUCGACACCGUCCUCACCGAUGCGGCCACUGCUGCUGCAGGCGUCGCUUCCAACUUGCAGGAGGGUGCCAACGGUGCUGCGGCCGACGUGGCGAAUGCCGUGAACGGCCAGUUGAAUGGCAUCCAGGAGGGCGCCAAUGGUGCUGCGGCCACCGUGGCGGAUGGCUUGAACGGCAUCCAGGAGGGCGCCAGCGGCGCUGCGGCCGACAUGCAGAACGCCGUGACUGGCCAAGUGAAUUCCGUGACUGGCGCCGCGGCCGACGCGCAGAACGCCAUGACUGGCGCUGCGACUGACGCGCAGAACGCCGUGACUGGCCAGAUGAACGCCGUGAGUGGCGCUGCGGCCGACGCGCAGAACGCCAUGACUGGCGCUGCGACUGACGCGCAGAACGCCCUGACUGGCCACUUGAAUGGCCUCCAGGAGGGCGCCAGCAGCGCUGCGGCCGACAUGCAGAACGCCGUGACUGGCCACUUGAAUGGCCUCCAGGAUGGCGCCAACGGCGCUAUGAACUCCAUCUCCAACGCGUUUUCGUCCGCAGGCGCUCACCUCACGGGCACGGCCAACAAGGCGGCCGACCAGGUCGGCGCCACUUUCAAGGGCGAAGGGGCGGACGGCAAGGCCAUGGCCGCCGGCAGCCAGAGCCAGCCCCUCGCUUUCCAGACGGGGGACAACACGGCGCUGUAUGCCAUCGUGGGCGGCGGCGUGGGGGCAGCGCUCAUUGCCGCGGGAGCCUUCGCCAUGAUGGGCGACGGCUCGGAGAAGAAGCCCAAGAAGAAGCGCAGCGUGCCCAAAGGCGAGGCCCGAGAGGUCAACGUUGACGCUGAGGCGCGCUAUCGACGGGCGACAUGGGACGUUGUGAUUGGUCCCUCCAUCCCCAUGAUGCCAGGGCCCCCUCAAAACGAGGCGGCCCUUUCUGCGGCCAGCUCCGGCCUGCAGAUGGCGGCACCGACCUACUCUGUGCCGGCGCCGCAGCCCACGACCUACCAGCAGCCGGCCUACCAGCCAAUGACCUACCAGCCGGGCAGCUACCAGCAGAUGGCCAUGCCCGCGGCGCAGCCCAUGACGACCUACCAGGCUGCGCCCUCUUACCAGGCUGCGCCCGCCUACCAGGCUGCUCCCGCCUACCAGCCAGCCUCCAUGGCUGCCUCUGCCUAUCAGGCCGUGCCGACCUACCAGGACCCUUCAGCGCCACUGCCCGCGCUGUACUUCAAGACCCUGAAAGAGUGCGCGAAGAACUGCGCGCUCAGCCCCACCUGCCAGUGGUUUUCCUACAAGGAGGACAGCUACCCCACGAGCGGCGCCUGCUACAUCUUCACCAAGGGGGAUGUGGCCAAAGAGGCCGACCCCAAAGCCUACUCCGGCGGUAAGGCAUGCGAGGACGGCACCACCAUCCUCACCGAUGCCACCGAUGCUGCUGCAGGCGUCGCUUCCAACUUGCAGGAGGGCGCCAAUGGUGCUGCGGCCGACGUGGCGAAUGCUGUGAACGGCCAGUUGAAUGGCAUCCAGGAGGGCGCCAACGGAGCUGCGGCCACCGUGGCGGAUGGCUUGAACGGCAUUCAGGACGGCGCCAGCGGCGCUGCGGCCGACGCGCAGAACGCCGUGACUGGCGCUGCGACUGAUGCGCAGAACGCCCUGACUGGCCACUUGAAUGGCCUCCAGGACGGCGCCAACGGUGCUGUGAACUCCAUCUCCAACGCAUUUUCGUCAGCAGGUGAUCACCUCACGGAGUCGGCCAACCAAGCGGCAGACCACAUCGGUGCCACUUUCAAGGGCGAAGGGGCCAGUGGCAAGGCCAUGGCUGCCGGCAGCCAGGGUGGGGACAACACGGCGCUGUAUGCCAUCGUGGGCGGCGGCGUGGGGGCAGCGCUCAUUGCCGCGGGAGCCUUCGCCAUGAUGGGCGACGGCUCGGAGAAGAAGCCGAAGAAGAAGCGCAGCGUGCCCAAAGGCGAGGCCCGCGAAGUCAACAUUGACGCUGAGGCCGCCCUUUCUGCAGCCAGCUCCGGCCUGCAGAUGGCGGCACCGAGCUACUCCGUGCCGGCACCGCAGCCCAUGACCUACCAGCAGCCGGCCUACCAGCCGAUGACCUACCAGCCGGCCAGCUACCAGCCGGCCAGCUACCAGCAGACGGCCAUGCCCGCGGCGCAGCCCAUGACGACCUACCAGGCUGCUCCCGCCUACCAGCCAGCCUCCAUGGCGGCCUCUGCCUACCAGGCGGUGCCGACCUACCAGGUCCAGUGA